AUAUGGGACUCCUAUACACAUGGGUGUAUGUGUACAGACGUCCUAUGUGUGGGGCUGGGAUCUGAGGGAAGAAACUUCCGCCUGGACCUGAGGAAGGAAACUUUAGGGGACACAGAUCUGCUCCCUGUAUAGAGGAGGACUACCUGAGGAGGAGCACCCGAUGGGACAAUGUGCAGGGGGAAAAACAAGAAGGAGAGAGCAGAGAGGAAAAUAAAAGCUUAAUCUCCACUGAACACUUUUACGAGUAAAAUUUUUUCUCUUAAGUGCAUUGUCGCGAGCCCGCAGAAGCCAUCACGUGCCUGGUUGCUGCAUCUUCCACGCUGUACCCAUACAUGAUCCAUGAGAUCCGGGAGACACCAUCUUUUGUGAAGCACUUUAUCUACUGAUCUGGGGUAUCUAAAGGGGGACACAACCAAAAAGUCUUAAAAGAAAGGAAUGAUGUUGAACUCCGAACAGACAGAAAUCCCAGCUCAUUCAGAGACUGAGUCCGUGUUUAGCGAUUGUGGAGGUGGCGGAGGACUAAAUGACGCAGGUGGCAUCAGUUUAUGUGGAGAAACGCGGAUUUGCGAAGCCAGCGACGCAGUAAAACGAGAGCUUCAGCACUUAAGUCGAGAAGAGAGGCGAAGACGGAGGAGAGCGACGGCUAAAUAUCGUACUGCACACGCUACACGGGAACGCAUACGGGUGGAAGCAUUUAACUUGGCCUUCGCAGAGUUGAGGAAGCUUCUGCCGACUCUUCCCCCCGACAAGAAACUGUCAAAAAUUGAGAUUCUCCGACUAGCUAUCUGCUACAUCUCCUAUCUCAACCAUGUUCUAGAUGUGUGAUAGCUCCGAGGUGCACUAUGUGGGGUUCUAGCUCACCCCUUAUUAUUUUAUGCUGCUGUAUUCAGCUACAAACUAGGACUUUAUGACAGAGGAGAACCUGUGGGACCAUAUGUUUUCUAAUCUGUCAUGGAUUUUUGUAGGGUCCCCAACUCCCAACCUAGAAUGUAAACCUCCUGCCUUUCCAAUAUAACCCAUUCUGGUCACCUGUUCAGACAUAGUCACAGUUCAGACUCAUAUCAUCGGGAGUAUCACAUGGCAUUAAGACCAUCGAUCUCAACUACCUGCAGAUAUAGUUUACACGGGACCAUGUCUGGUUCGUAAUACCAUUAUUCAUCCAUGAAGAACUCUAAAAGGACCUUGUCAAGGUCCUCGAAUAAUUGCUAAAACUCUAGACUAACGGUCAAGUUGCACUUGUACAAUUAAGUGAAGGCCGAUCUAGAAGGACUUGGUUUAGCUAAGAUACCUCCACCAAGAUAGAUACGCACAGGGCACACAUAUCAAUGGGUCCUGCGGAGAUGGGGACAUCAGCAGUGGGAGGCUUCGGGCACUUCCUCUUCACAAGCACCAUGAGAUGGACAACCACGGGUGGGGGAUUUUUCCCAAAGGUGAAAAUUUAGAGUUCCAUUUAUUGAUUGAUUCAUAUGUCUCAUAUGGAUACCAUAUUGCACUCAUAUUUAAAACAUAUGUCCUACAUCGAUUGACCUCUUCCCCUUUGACAGUGCACCACGGAAAGGCCACUGCAACUCCAAUGUACAGUCUCCUAUUGAUAUAGUUGAAUACAUAGUCCGUUUCUAGGCAGGAACCUACUAAGAAUAUAGUAUCAAAUGUGCACUUUCCUUCCACAUAAAAGUUAAUAUCUAGUUGUUUAGUCUUCAUUCACUGGAUGGUAACAAAAAAAGACCUGCGUCGACAAGUGUAGGUUGCUUGCGGCUGGUUAAUAGGUUCUACAGAUGGAUUAUUUAACCCAACAAAACCUUAUUUUAAGUUAAAAGGAAACUCUGGUUACGUUAUAUCGACGAUAUCUUUGAAGUUUUCCCUUUAACUAUGGUGGAUAAAAUAGAAGGUGAACCCUACAAUAUAUCCAACCUCAAGUAACCCCCAUAUUUUGAAGACACAGUACAACAACCAAUACUACCUACUCUAGAUAGGAACAUGAUAGACGACAUCGUAGAUUAUAAGAUGACCUCAUAGCCAAAGGUAACAUAACCUCCUCUAGAUAGAUUGAGAAUUUUGGGGGAAAAAACUUAAUUUUUGAAGAUAGAACGUUCUACCUUCUGGACAAUGGCAUUUAUGAAAGCAGCCAUGUGCUGCUACUACAGAGACAGUAGAGAGGAGGGUAUGUCUUCUAGAUUCCUCGUGGGUGGGGUUGACCAGUAGAGGGCUAUGCCGAGAAAAUAGGUUAGGAGGUCACACCACCCUAGAAGGGAUAUGAAGAUGAAGAAGAACUGGGACCAUAAAUGGUUGUGGGAACACCUCUCUUGGAUGAUCCUACUACUUUAGGUCAUAACUUUUAGUACG